AUGGGUAUCGUUGUUCUUCUUGUUUAUGUGGAUGAUAUUGUCAUCAUUGGCUCCGACUUGGAGGCAAUCUCUGCAGUUCAGACUUUGUUGCAUUCUACUUUCCACAUGAAAGAUCUUGGUCAGCUCACUUAUUUCUUGGGUUUAGAGGUCCAUCAUCAACCUCAUGGUCCCUUCUUGCUUCAGAACAAGUACAGUCAAGAUCUGGUUCAGUUGGCCGGCCUCACCAACACUACUUCCGUUGACACCCCCAUGGAACUUAAUGUGAAAUAUCGACGUGACGACGGGGAGCUUCUUGCGGAUCCUACUACCUAUCGGAAGCUGGUUGGUAGUCUUAUCUAUCUAACAUCACCCGACCAGACAUCUCUUAUGCUGUUCACACUGUCAGCAAGUUCUUCUCUUCAGCUUCAGGCCUAUAGUGACGCUGAUUGGGUUGGUUGCCCAGACACCAGGAGAUCUACUACUGGCUGGUGUAUGUUUCUUGGUGAUGCCCUUAUCUCUUGGAAAUGCAAGAAGCAAGACCACGUCUCCAAAUCAUCCACUAAGGCAGAGUAUCGCGCCAUGUCUGCUGUGUGCUCCGAGAUCAUUUGGCUGCGUGGUCUUCUCACAGAGCUUGGGUUCAGUCCACUUCAUCCUACUCCACUGUAUGCUGACAACACAAGUGCCAUCCAAAUUGCAGCCAACCCCGUCUGUCACGAACGCACCAAGCACAUCGAGGUUGACUGUCACUCCAUCCGAGAAGCCUAUGAUCAUCAGGUUAUCACCCUUCCACAUGUCUCCACUACUCUGCAGAUUGUCGAUAUCUUCACCAAAUCCAUGCCACGUCAGCGCCAUCAUUUCCUCGUUAGCAAAUUGAUGCUUGUCGAUUUACCAGCAUCAAUUUGA